GGAUGCUCUUUGUAGGAACCUACCUACCUAAAUAUUCACCCGAAAUCCUCACCCAAGUUUUCACUUUGCAGCAAUGCCACUGGAUGAGCAGACGGACGGUAGGCCUGUCCAUGGCAACGCUGGCAAUACUCCCAAUGGCUUAGAUAGAAUCGGGGAAUCCAGCGAUUCAGACAGUCACGUCAGCCGCGACAAUGGCAGCGAGCAGAGCCAGGAAGGCGGCAGACGCCAAAGGAUCGUGGUAGUUGGGCUGGGAAUGGUGGCCAUUUCGUUCAUUGAGAAGAUCAUCAAGUAUGACAUGGAAAGACGCCAGUACGAUAUUGUCGUGCUUGGCGAAGAACCAUACGUCGCCUACAACCGUGUCGGACUCACUUCGUUCUUCGAGCAUCGCAAGGUUGAAAAUCUAUACCUCGAGCCCAAGGAAUGGUACGCCUCGUUCCAAGACAGGUCGUUCGACUAUCAUGUCAACACGCGGGUAACCGAAGUCAUCCCCGAGCACAAGGUCGUCAAGACGUCAAACGGCAACACGGUUCCCUAUGAUAUUCUCGUUCUGGCUACUGGCUCCGAUGCCGUUGUUCCCAGAAGGAUACCGGGCCAUGAUGCCAAGGGCGUUUUCGUUUACAGAACCAUAUCAGACUUGGAGCAACUCAUUGAGUUUGCCUCUGUUCAUAAACGCCAGACUGCCAUCACGGUUGGGGGCGGCCUGCUCGGGUUAGAAGCAGCAAAGGCAAUGCUUGACUUGAAGGAUUUUGACAAUGUGAAGAUUGUCGAUCGGAACAAAUGGCUACUCGCAAGGCAACUCGACAGUGACGCUGGAGCUUUGGUAUCCAAAAAAAUCAGAGAAUUGGGUAUAGAUGUUCUACUCGACAGAGGGUUGCAAAGCAUCGACACCGACGAGGAUAAUAAUGUUACGGGUAUUACAUUCCAGGAUGGUCAGCAUAUUGACUGCUGCUGCGUCUGUUUAGCUAUGGGUGUAAGGGCCAGAGAUGAAUUGGCCCGCAAACCAGGGAUCAAAUGCGAUGAACGAGGUGGCUUUGCAGUGAACGAACUGCUAGAGACAUCCGUGCAGGAUAUUUACGCCAUCGGAGAAUGCGCAAGCUGGGAGAACCAGACUUUCGGUAUUAUUGCUCCUGGAAUCGAAAUGGCGGAAAUCUUGUCGUUUAAUUUGACAAACCCCGACAAGACUCCCAAGCGCUUUUCACAUCCUGAUAUGAGCACCAAGUUAAAACUGCUGGGUGUUGACGUUGCCAGCUUUGGUGACUUCUUUGCAGACCGAGAUGGGCCACGGUUCCUCCCAGGGAAACGACCGGCGACAAGUGAUAAUGAACUUCCUGUGAAGGGCCUCACCUACAAGGACCCGUUUGGGGGUGUUUACAAAAAGUAUCUGUUCACGAUGGACGGGCAGUAUCUCCUUGGAGGAAUGAUGAUUGGCGACACGAAGGACUAUAUCAAACUAAACCAGAUGGUUAAAAAGCAGACUAAGCUGGAAGUUCCCCCUAGUCAGUUUAUCAUCGGUGCGCAAAAGGACGGCGAGGAGAAUGUGGAUGACUUUGAUGACAGCACCCAGAUUUGCUCAUGCCACAAUGUCACAAAGAGAGACAUUGUCGAAAAUAUCAAGAACGGCAAAUGCAAGACCAUCGACCAGAUUAAAUCAUGUACCAAGGCUGGAACCGGUUGCGGUGGCUGCGUGCCCCUUGUGCAGUCAAUCCUCAAUAAGACUCUGGCUGACAUGGGUCAAGAGGUUACCAACCACUUAUGCCGUCACUUCUCUUACUCGCGUGUCGACCUCUAUAAUAUAAUUGCGGUGAAGCAAUUGAAACACUUUGCCGAUGUCAUGAAGGCAGUCGGCAAGAACCCAGAUUCCCUCGGAUGCGAGUUGUGUAAGCCUGCUGUCGCGUCGAUACUCGCAAGUCAGUUCAAUCAGCACAUUAUGGACAAGGAUCUCCAUGAUUUGCAAGACACAAACGACAGGUUUUUGGCAAACAUUCAACGAAACGGCACAUUUUCCGUCGUCCCCCGAAUUCCCGGGGGUGAGAUUAAUGCAGACAAGCUCAUAUCCAUUGGCCAAGUUGCUAAGAAAUACAAUCUGUACUGCAAGAUCACCGGUGGACAGCGGAUUGAUAUGUUUGGGGCCAAGAAACAGGAUCUUCUUGAUAUCUGGACAGAACUCGUCAAUGCUGGCAUGGAGAGCGGACAUGCUUACGCCAAAUCACUUCGAACGGUUAAGAGCUGUGUUGGGACCAGCUGGUGUCGUUUUGGAAUUGGAGAUAGUGUUGGCAUGGCCAUUCGAUUAGAAGAACGCUACAAGAGCCUUCGUUCUCCCCAUAAGCUGAAAGGUGGCGUUUCUGGUUGUGUACGAGAAUGUGCAGAAGCUCAGUCUAAGGAUUUCGGUCUAAUAUCCACGAAUAAAGGCUUCAAUAUUUACGUAGGAGGCAACGGUGGUGCAAAGCCUCGCCAUACGGAACUGCUUGCAAGAGAUGUACCUCCCGAAGAAGUCAUCCCAAUAAUCGAUCGCUAUUUGAUCUUCUAUAUCCGCACAGCAGACAAACUCCAACGAACAGCACGAUGGCUCGAAAGCCUCCCGGGAGGGAUCGACUAUCUUCGAGAGGUGAUAAUAGACGACAAACUUGGCAUCGCCGCAGAAAUGGAGCAACAAAUGCAAGCUUUCGUGGACAGUUAUUUCUGCGAAUGGACUGAGACGGUGCGAAACCCAGAGCGACGCCAAUACUUCCAGCAGUUUGCCAACACCCCCGAGACCGUGGAGACGGUAGAAGUCAUCAAGGAGCGCGAACAGCAGCGUCCCGCGUACUGGCCGGAUAAGCCAGUAACAGAGGACUUCAAGGGUCAUCAAUGGUCUAGCCUGGCCUGGCAACCUAUGCUCAAAGCGGAUUACUUCUCGCGCCACAACCUGCAGACCUCAUCAGUAACCGUCAAACGAGGAAGCACUCAACUGGCCAUCUUUAAAAUCAAGGGAAAGUACUACGCCACACAACAGAUGUGUCCGCACAAGCGCGCGUUCGUACUAUCAGACGGCCUCAUUGGCGACGAUGACGCUGGGAAAUACUGGGUAUCUUGUCCAUACCAUAAGCGAAAUUUCGAGCUGAAUGGUGAGCAAGCGGGUCGUUGCUCCAAUGACAAGAGUCUAAACAUCGCUACUUUCCCAAUUGAGGAGAGGGAUGAUGGAUGGGUGUAUCUGAAGCUCCCUCCUGUGGACGAGCUAGACGCCGUUCUGGGGACAGAGAAGUGGAAGGUGAAGCAAGGAGAAGCGGCAGAUCCGUUCGAGAAAGUCGACAAGAAGUAUAGAAGGGGUGUUAGGGGGAAGAAAACCAGGGAUCCCAACAAUGGCAGUAGUCCGCCCAAAUCCAAUGUGAUUGACUGGUAGUAAUAGAGGGGGUUCAUGUUUUUUGUACAUGUACAUAGUUUGAUAUCCAUACUGGAAUUGAUAUUGGCAUCGGUUGGCCGGGUUGUUGGGUUUAAUACAUUUGACUGUUUGAAAGGAAAUGAGAUGGGAUUUGAAAUUGAAAUUCCAUUCCAAGUGGCUAGCCUAGUUUACAUUGCAUUCAUAGCGUACAGGGAGAAUGCCAGUCCUUCACUUGACUUGCUGAAGUUUAGAAUUAUACCAGGAGAUUGUUCUAUGGCAUCUUAAAAUCGACGCAAAUGACGAUUUCCAAUUGCAUAAUCUGCUUAUGGAAGUAUCAAAAGAGACAUACCCAUAGAAAUUCUUGGUGUUAUUUUCCAUUAUUUGUUUUCCAGCGCAUGUGAGCAAUAAGAUAGGUAAGCAGAUCAAUAAUAGUACUGUUUCAUGUCAAGCCUUACAAGAAGAUGCUCAAAGACACUUGUCGGCUCCGCCCGCGAAGAUGAAGCGAACGCUGCGCCUGCGGAUCCCCCAAAUGAUUUUCUCCGCGAAGCCCUGCUCCCAUCUAACUGUCGCAGAUAGCGGACAAGGGAAGACACGCGUUUCCGGAACGCUGCAUGCAGCCGAAGCACAGCUUCUUCAUUCUCAUGCCGUAUCCCGCUCAUACCGUCCAACCGGGAAAAGGCUGCGAAAGAAAGGAUUGUUCCGAAGAUACUUUCAAGCAAUUUGGCAACCUGGACAUGUCUCUUGCUCAGGAACAGAGCGAAGAGCAUCUGAUCGAGAAUAUCUUCGUGGUACUGCCUGAGUCUAGGAAUAGAAUGUGCGGCCUCGAUGGUGCCGUCAAUAUCGCCACGAUCAAGGCAAUGUUCGAUUCUGGAAAGUGUGUCUUGGAAGCGCUUCCAGUUAGACCCGAUGCCGACGUUAAAACAGUAGUCGCUUAGGGACAGAACGAAAUGCUGGGCCUCGAUGCGAAAUCGUUGAAAGAGAUUUCUUGUAUCCCCUGACAGAGACCCUCGGGAAGUGGAGUCUCGGACGAGUCCGUUUACGACAGAGACCAUACGUAUCAGGCGAAGGAGGUGCCUGAAGAGAAUAUCGUACUGUUGAAGGGAAUGGGGGGUGAGUACAGUCUCUAUCACGGUGGACGGCUUAUAUUGCAGACGCAGGAAGUCCAAAGCUUCGAUCGCAUUCGGGUCUUUGCAUUUGACUAGUUCAUCAUCGCUCAAGUCUCGGAUAGCGAAGCUUAGACCGCCGGGUACUUCUUUAUCGUGAUAUCCCAGACUUUCCAUAGCCUCAUGGUCGUUUAUAUCGGUAGAAUAGCAUUCGUUGAGAAGACUGGUGAGCACUAAACGAAGCUCCGAGCUUGCAGGAGGCCAAGUGUCACGGCUUCCCAGUCGUAGGCCCGUGUGGACACCACUGCGUACUACUCCUGACCGUCGUUCGCCGCUCUCCAUUUCUGGAUCAAAGAGGGCAUUUGAUAGUCGAAGGGCAAAGAAGCCAUCACCAAGAAGCUGGAAGCGCCACUGUAAGUCCAAAUGAUGCCUGAUAUCAUGUUCUUUAAACAGAAGAUGGAGACAGGAGAAGUCGAUCAGGCGUGCUUGUGAUGAGAUAAUUGGUGCGAGAGACAGGUAAAGAGCAGACGCUAAUUCCGGUCCGAAAGUGCCCUCAUGAUUUUCAAAUAGCUCAGGAUUUCCAUCAAGGAAUCGACCGAUACUAUCAUCCUCCACUGAAGAACGUUUUGUUGGUAAGCUCGAAGCACGCUGUUCGUCAUCAAUAUCAAACAUUUCAUAUGUAUUUUCAAGUAUCUUGUCGGCUUUUGCCUCGCUUGGAGGUUCGAAGAGAGGCUCAUUCUCAGAAGUCUCGCCUCUGUUGUUAUAUUUUAG